AUGGAAUACACUUCUUAUGGAAAUCAUGUUCGAGAUCGAACUGAUGUUUUCUUGCCGAUUACUGAUGAAAAUGAAAUCGAUGUUAAACUUCCAUCACAGAUUUCAGAGAUGUCGAGAAAACCAUUUUCUCUUACCUUGGAGGUGACACGUCUUACAUCAAUUCCUGCGUCUAACCAUAGUCAACAACAACAACAACAUCAAUCAAUGAGUGUUAGACCAUUUGAACGACAAUUGUCUCUACUCGAUCCAACAUCUGAUCGUGUUAGUACAAUUCUUGUUUGGGAACGUUUAACUGUAUUAUCUCGUGAAGAUAAGACUACAGAAUUUUUUCGAAAAGUUAGAUCCUGUAAUAGAUAUGUUCCUAAACGAAAAUGUUUACUUAACAAUGUAAGUGGAGCUAUCACGGGUGGUUUGUGGGCUGUUAUGGGUCCAUCUGGCUCUGGCAAGUCAACUUUAUUGAAUACAUUAGCAUGUCGUUUGGAUGUGAAUACAAUUACACAAGGUGAAAUGCGUCUCAAUGGGGCUCCUUAUAAUAAUGCUGAAUUGAAACGUAUUGCUGGCUAUGUUAUGCAAGAUGAUUUACUCAAUGGAUCUUUGACUGUAGAAGAAACAUUGAUGUACACAGCUGAACUUCGUCUACCACGAACAUUUACAAAUAAACAACGACGUACACGAGUCGAAGAUGUCAUGAUCGAUAUGGGCUUGAGUUAUGUUCGAAAUGUCAUGAUUGGUACGCCGAUGAAAAAAGGUAUUUCAGGUGGUGAACGUAAACGUUUAUGUGUCGGUAUGCAGUUGCUUAAUCGUCCACAAUUACUUUUUCUUGAUGAACCAACAUCGGGCUUAGAUUCUGUGACAGCACUCGAUCUUCUACAAACAUUUCAUUCACUUGCUCAUGGUAAAACACAAGAAAAAGCAGUGACAAUUGUCUGUUCAAUUCAUCAGCCUCAAUCAAAAAUCUUCAAUUUGUUUGAUUCACUCAUUCUACUCAAAGAAGGAAAUAUUAUUUAUCAAGGUCCAAGAAACCAAGCCAUGGAAACAUUUCGAGCAGCGGGUUUUCCAUGCCCGUUAUAUACAAAUCCAGCCGAUCAUCUUCUUGAUGUGAUUACACCGCCUAAGCGUGAUCCAUCAGCAAAGCAUAACGAAGCAAUUGUUUCACCUAAACAGCAAGCUAUCACAGAUAAAGCGAUUACUGCUGCACAAACACCUAUAACAAUUGAUCUAAAUAUGGGUGCACAUAAACGGCUUGCUCAAAUGGCUAAUUUACCACUUAAUCCUAUAUGGCACAAACAAGUGCGUAUUCUUCUUCGCCGUGAUUUUCAGGCACAUUUACGUGAAUCUCAAGUCAUAAUAGCAUCCUUGAUUCAAACAGUCAUUAUUGCUGUUUUAAUUGGAACAGCGUUUUUACAGAUAGGUCAAUCACAAACGAGUACUGUUCGUCGUCAACCAGUUCUCUUCUUUUGUGUUGUCAACCAAGGUAUAUUUGGUGCAUUGAUGGUCAUUAAUUCGUUUCCAAUGGAACGUGCGUUGACAUUACGCGAACGAGCUUCUGGUACUUAUUUAUCUAGUGCAUACUUUACUGCUAAAAUUAUUGCCGAUACACUUGUUCAAAUUCCUGUACCCAUUAUAUUUUCAUGUGUGGUCUAUUUUAUUGUUGGAUUACAACCGUUACCGGGCAAAUUUUUUCUUUUCAUGCUUUUUAUGGCUCUCUGUUCUCUAGCGGCAACAUCAUUAGCACUAAUGAUUUCUGCCCUAUGCAAGACGGUCAAUAUGAGUGUAACAAUUCUACCGAUGGCACUUGAAGUGUCUCGUCUUUUUGGUGGUUUCUUUUUAUCUCCAGCUAAUUUACCAAAAUACUUUUCAUGGCUUGAUGCAUUAUCUUAUGCUAAGUAUACAUAUGUUGGUGUGAGUCUUAAUGAAUUACAAGGUCUUACUCUGUCAUGUGCAGAUGCGGUUACAAGUACUUGUAUCCCGAAUGGUGAAACGACAAUCAAACAGCUAGGUCUAGACUAUAUCAAUAUUGGUGGUUGUAUUGGAGCAUUACUGGCAUUCAUCAUCUUUUGUCGAUUUAUCGCUUAUCUUGGCGUUCGAUUUCUUAAAAAUUAG